UUUCAAGUUGAAAAACUGGUUCAGAUGAUAUAAUGACUCAGGUAGGAGAUAUGCGGUUUCUGAAAUGAUUUCUCUUUCACAAUUAUUCUCGAUAUUUAGGGUCGCUGUGCCUCAGUGUAGCUGAUCAUGACGAUACAGUGUUUCUGUGGAAAUCAGUGGCAUUUGCAGUCCGCUGGUGUGUUACCAUGGUAGUGGAGGUGGAGAGCUUUUACGGUGUGUACAUGCUGUACUGCACCAACCCCAAAUAUAAGGGGCGCAUUUACAUCGGCUUCACUGUGAACCCCGAGCGGAGAAUCUGCCAACACAAUGCCGGGAGGCGCAAAGGAGGAGCCAAGAAGACCAGCGGAAGAGGACCGUGGGAGAUGGUGCUCAUCAUCCAUGGCUUUCCAUCUGAUAUUGCUGCUCUAAGGUUUGAGUGGGCGUGGCAGCACCCACACAUCUCUCGCCGGCUCUCCCACGUGACCCGGCGCACACGUAAAGAAUCCAGCCUGCAGUUUCACUGGCGUGUGCUCUCCAACAUGCUGCGUGUGGCGCCAUGGAGUCGUCUACCCCUAACUGUGCGCUGGCUGAGGCAGGAAUACCGGCUGGAGUUUGAGCCACAGCUGCAGCCGCCUCUACACAUUCCUUUGACCUUCGGCUGCGUUCGUGCUAAGAAAAAACAGCAGGAGGACAAGGAGCAAGAGGAGAACCAACUGGACCAGUGUCUGCUCUGUAGAGGGAUUGUGGAGGCUUCAGACAGAUUGUCUUGCUUCCAUCCCUCCUGUAAGAUGGUCUGUCAUCUGAUUUGCUUGGCAAAACAUUUCUUGAAGUCAGAGCCAGCUCACUUACUUCCUGUAGAGGGCGAGUGUCCCGGCUGCCAUCAUUCAGUGCUGUGGGGGAAUUUGAUUCGGUACAAAAAUGGCUGCUAUGGCGACCUAGAAGAGAUUACUUCAAAUUCUUCUCAGAGUCAUUGGGCAGAUGAGCUGCAGAUAUGAACGAAAUUGAUGGUGACCUCAACUUCAAACAUUAAUGGACAAAAAAAAAAAAUGCUUAAAAUUAAAGGACCUGCAAUCACGACUUCAAUCUGAAUGCAUCACCCAACGUUCUGAAUCCGUGUGUAUUCAAGAAUGCAAAAUGUCAUGAUUAGUUUUUUAUCAUUACUGGAGGUUUGCUCCAUUUCAAUGAAUAUAAAAAUACAUGGAUUAUUUUAUUUAUUUUUUUAACCAAAAAAAAAAAGAAUUUUGAUGUGAACAACUUUCAUGAGCAUGUUUUUAAACACAUUUUUAGUGUGAAAAGUAUUUAUUAACCAAUAAAGCAGUGUAUUUAUGUUCAU